GCUUCAACAAUUAUUAAAUUCCUCUUUAUCUCAAGUAAAUAGUUUAUCUAAUGAAAUUCAUCAUUUAUCUUCUUAUUUAUCUCGCAAUAUGCGUCAAUAUCAAGAUCUUAAAGUAGAAUAUAAGGGUCUUCUAUUUUAA